UUUUAUCACCCCCUCUGUCUAGGGUUUGUUGCUCUGACAACCUCUCGCUCCCUGUCCCUUCUUCAUUUUCUACAUUUUUGUUUUCUCUUCUCUCUUUCUCUAUUUGCAAAUUUUAGCUUUUCUCUUUUCAUUUUUGAGUUUCUGGGUUUUGUUCUUUGAGAGCAAAAUCUUCUCUCCUUUUCUCUGUUUUUUUUCGUCUCAGUAAAUGAGAAAGGUUUAUGAUUGUUAAGUUGGUUUUUCUUUGCCCAUCAAGCUUUGAAUAGGUUUUCUUUUUCUUUUCACUUUAUCAUUCUGUUUGAACCAAAUAUAUCUGUAGAGUUGCUUCAUGGGUGUAAUGGAUCUGAGAGCAAAGAAAUCAUGGAGUGAAGAUAUGAUGAGUGAGAGCAACAAGAAGUUUUGUACUGAUUGCAAAACCACAAAAACCCCUCUUUGGAGAGGUGGCCCUGCUGGCCCCAAGUCACUGUGCAAUGCAUGUGGAAUCAGAUACAGGAAAAAAAGGAGAGCAAUGUUGGGUUUGAACAAAGGAAUAGAGAAGAAGAAGAAGGAGAUAUCACAUUCACCAUCAUCAGAUAGUAGCAGCUCUAGUGCUCCAACAAAUGAUGGUGGUGGUGAGAAUCUGAGUGCCAACUUAAAUGGAUUGAGCGAGAGUGUGAAGAUGAGAUUAUUUGCUUUGGGCAGUGAAGUUUUGUUGCAAACCUCAUCGUCUUUAUCUGGGGUGGUAAAGAAACAAAGGUGCCAAAGGAGAAGGAAGUUGGGAGAGGAAGAACAAGCUGCAAUUUCUCUGAUGGCAUUGUCGUGUGACACAGUUUUUGCGUAAAAUAUGAAACAGAUAGACAAAACAAAACAAACGAAAUGGGGGUUUCAAAAAGGAGGGGGGGAAAACACUAACCGAAAAAGCUGUUUCUUCAUUUUGUCUUUUUUUUGCCUGGGAUUUUCCUUAUUAGUGAAAUGAAAAAAACCCAUGUUAUUGACUGCUGCUGCUUCUUUUUUUUUUUUUUUUACGUAAGAGAGAGUUGAGGGAAGUAAUGUUUUUUGGGAUGGCUGAUGAUGGUUCAAUCAUAAUGUAAAUAGUAGAUCGAGAAUCAAUGAGAAUGAGAAUUUAAUCUUUGGUUAUUCAUACCUUAUGCAAACAAA